GUGCGGGCCGGGGCCGAGGCAGAGCCAGAAGGCUACGACACAGCAGAAGCAGAAGCGGGUGCGGCCACCUGCCGCUGAGGACGAGGAUGAGGAUGAGGACUUCCGCUCUCAUUCACAGAACGCCUCCAGGAAGACAAAAAUACGCCGCUUGUAUGAUGGCCAGGGCUUUGACCUGAGGUGUCCUGUGAGUACAGCAUGCACUGUCACACCUUAGCUAGCUGCCCACCACUUGCCCGGUAGCUGUGUCCGCAAAGGAAGGCCAUCAUCUCUGGUGUGGGGUUUUUAAAGCACUGGGACACUGCUCAC